AACUAAUCAUAUUAUUUUCCUCGUGCUCAAUCGAAAAAGUCAGGUUUGGGUGACAUGAAUUGAAGCUCUUCAGUAGUGCUUCUGCCUCCGCUUUACUAUUGCAUACACUGAAUAUGUUGUCCAUAUAGCGCUGAUACAGUUCCGUCUGACCAAUGAGGCGCCUCAAGCUACUACUUUCCAGACUGGAUAUAAAUAAAUCAGCGAAAAGAGGACCCAGAGGGCUUCCCAUUGCGACUCCAUCGGUUUGGCGGAAUAACUGUCCGUUGAACUGGAACUGGAUGUUCUUGGUGCGUAGAUUUAGAAGCUUUCUCAACUCACUUGUUGGGAUAGGGAUAUUACCAGCUUCUCGACAGAUAAACUCAAUGAUUUCAUCAACUGGUACAUUUGUGAAGAGAGAUACAACAUCAAAUGAAACAAGAUGCUUACCAGUGCUAUUGAAAUCUGUGAGGCUUAUUUGUUCAACUAUCGAUACAUUUGUUCCUUAGUAGUUCUUUAUGUUGCUCGGUUUAUUUACUCUCCAUUAGAUAGGAUUUGUCUUUCCUUGAAUUUUCAAACAAAAAUGUAG